AUGACGGAUCAUUGUUCAGCUAUGGCUGCUGGCAUUUCCAUGGUGUUUCCUACAUCACGCCACCGUCUUUGCAUAUGUCAUAUUGGUGAGAAUUCGAAGAAGCAUAUCAAGGCAUUAAGGAAUCAUAAGGAUUUUCUGGAUAUGUUCAAUUGUAUGUUGAAAUACACCGAGACUGAAGCGGAGUUUGAAGUUUACUGGACAAGGAUGGUUACAAAAUAUAAUUGUCAUAAGAAUACAUGGCUAGAGAAGCUUUAUGACUGUAGGGAGAAGUGGUGUCCAGCGUUCAACAAGGAUUAUUUCUCCGGGGGUAUUUUAUCUUCGCAAAGGAGUGAAAGCACAAAUCAUUCAAUUUCUAGGAGGUUGUCCAAGACUGCUGGUUUAUGUGAUUUUUAUUCAUCCUUUGUGAGUGUUAUUUCUGAAUGGAGAAGUAAGGAAAAUGGUGAGGAUUUCCGGUGUUCUCAAGGAGUACCCGCCAUGAUGAUGGAUCAUGUGAAACUCCUUUCACAUGCUAGAGAGUGCAAGUAUCACGUGUGGCGACCAGACAUAGAUAUCAUAAGGCAUGAAGUAACUUUUAAGCCAAUCAAUUUGGAUAUAUGCUGUAGUUGCAAGCUGUUUUCAGAAUUGGGAAUACUUUGCUGCCACUGCUUACGUAUACUUCAUGUGCACUGUGUUUCCAGUAUUCCCGAUAAAUACAUUCUAAAAAGAUGGACUAAAAAGGUUGUUGAGGGUAGAAAUGUGGACAUUGCAUCCGUGUUUUAUAAUGAUGGUGUCCCUUCUUCAAUUUGGGCUGUUGAGAUUAGUAGGAAAUUUCAAAGGCUUAUUGUUUGUAGCCAAGAUAACAGUGUUGCUAGACAAUUCUGUGAUGAAGCUGUUGAGAAUGCAAGGAAAAACAUUGAAGCUGAGAUUGGGGAUGUGAAUAUUGAGGAGGGUGCUGUGUCUUCGUCAAGUGGUAUUGUCCAAGACCCUUCAAGCCGGAGGAGUAAAGGUGUGAGAAAUAAAAGGAGUAGUAGUGUUAUUGAGAAGAAGUACAAUGCAGCAAGGGGGAGAAAGAGUGCUGCAAACAAGCUUGCUUCAAUUACAAAGGGCUCUGUCCAAUCAUUGGUCUUGGAAAAUAUUUCAGAGAUUGCUCGUGAUGGAUAUCUUGUACAUCCAAGCACUGGGGGUUCACAGUUUGUUCAUUUUAAUAAGAAUGUAGACCACGAUGUAGCUAUAGAUUGA